AUGCUGCAGCAGAGCGAGGCAGCGCGGGGCGCGCCAGGCGGCUGCGGCGCGAGCCAAAGGACACUGCCCGGGGGAGGGGAGAACGCCCCGAGGACGUACCCGCGGCGGGGGUCAGGGGCGUCCGGAGGGCGGCGUCCGGGGCACGCGGAGCGGCCGGAGGGGCAGGUCCUCGGCGGCCGCGGCGAGCCAGGCGGCGGCCCGAGCGCAGCCCCGGAGCCCCGCGCGGCGGCGGGCGGCGGCGGCGGCGGGGGGACGCGGCGCGCCCGCGUGGGGGCCUCGGCCCGCGCCCGCGAGUGGGCGCCGACCGGGACCCGCGCCGCGCUCCUCGGGGACCCCGCGGGCGGCCGGAGCCCGGCGCUCGCCUCCUGGAAGCCGCGGGUCGGCGCUCGCCCCCGAGGGCGCCCGGGCCUCCGCGCUCGAACAGAAACUGCUCUUCCAUUGAUCCGGCCCCGUUGGGCGAGCGGCCGGUGCGUGUGCCCCGCGCGAGCGCGUGCGGAAGGCAGAAGGGCAGGAAGUCGGACUUCUGCAGCGAGGGUGGCCGCACCGCGCAGGGGACGAGCCUUCCUAUUGAUGUGUCUGCCGGCCUCUGCCUUCUUCGCCCCAAGACUUCAGGAGCGUCUCGGAGCUGCGUUCCCCGCGUGUGAGGCACGGAAGGGCUGCAUGUCUGAACAACAUGAUUGUCCAUUAGCCUCCAAACUUUCCUUUUUUUAACCCAAAGAAUAUCGGUGAUUUUUGUCC